UACCAACAGCUGUUUGUUUCAUCGCUUAGACAUUUGUUAUAACAUUACUUCAAGGAAGUAGAAAACAAGAAAAUAAAACAUUUUAAAAAAUACUUUUAAAAAAAACAACAAGAAGAAGCUUAUAUUAAGUGUAAUUGUAUCAAUUAGUGUGGGUCAGUCAUGUCAUUACAUUUUAGGCUAAUAGAAAGAAGGCUAACAAUAAAUCUGUGCAAUUUUUUUUUUUUACUAAUUGUUUUGGUUUAGAGCAAUUUCAUGCUUUUAGCUUUCUCAAUGCGCUUUGAUCCUAUCAUUUUUCUGGACCAGUUGGGUGUGGCAGAAAUAACGUGUAUGCCUACAAACUUUUUACCAGACAGACAGAGUGAGUUGAUAGAAGCUUUGUAAAUAGAAAGUAGGCUACCUUAUUUUUCUUAGAGGGAUAAGAAGUACUGAUGCCUAUUCUAGCUUGUUCUAUUUUCCUAUAUUUACACUAGGCAAAAGAGUUGUUUCCCUUACGUAUUGAUUUACAAAUCAGCACAUUUCAGUGUUUUUAGGGACGAUAACCCCAUCGAUCAACUUUUUUUUUCGUAUACUGUGACUUGGCUGGAAAGUGAUUUAUUUUUAAAACUAUUUACCUCUACGACAAGAGAGCGAUCAAGAAAUUCAUCACUCCCUAGCUUUAGUGAUGGUGCGUAAGUGUUUGUCUCUAUGGUACAUCAGACUUUCGCAUUUCUAUUAGUAAUAUCCAAGCCCGAUGAGUCUCCGUGUAGUCUAUAUAUAGUCUCUAUAUAGACAUAUCUACUUUAUAUUGGGAGAAGAUCAUGCUUAGAACAAAUAAACACCAAGGUUUAAUUCGCUUUGAUGCUGAACACAUCAGAAUACGUCUUCAAGAGUUGCAUUGAACCAAGCAGUUCAGAUUUAGAGGCAUACUUUCAAAGAAGACAUUCGUUUUUUUCUACUUGCAUGUUGUCUCCCUUUGUUGACAACCAGAGGUAUACGAGCACCGGACCGGCAGACGUGGACCUGAUCUUCCCAUCCAAUUGCACAGGCAAAAGUUUUACUUUGACUAUUUCUGUUUUUACCAACCCACCUCAAAUAGCACUUUACCAGAAAGCUAUAAAAGUAACAGUAGAUGGACCAAGAGAACCUCGGAGCAAACCUAAAUUACACACAGAUGAUCGGCACAUUCAUCGUCCCAGUCCUGUGGAUGUUAGCCUGAAGCGUCCAAUUAUACCUAAUCCUUUAAGAGAACAUCAGUUAUCCCACCUAGCUGACCUAGAAGUUCUUCGCCAGCAGCAUGCUAAUGAUGUUACACACUUGGACACCAGAAAUCAUUUGAAUGACUUCAACAGGAACUAUGGUGAUCACUCUCAUCAUCUAGAUCAGUCACAUCGAAUUCUUUCCCAAAAUCAAACAACAGAUUCUGAGUCAGGUUUGGAGUCCCAUACUAAUGAAGUUCUAACUGAACCUAGUGAACAAAUUUCCCCUACAGGUCAGAGGUCAUGGAGCUAUGAUCCACCUUUCAGUAAUGAAACUAUUCACCAUGUUACUCGAGAUGAACAUUUAAGUAUAAAAGAUACAUCCAGUGAUGUGCCAGAUCAUGAUGAAAGAAUGGAAGCAUUGUCUGUAUCUUCUAGCUAUGACUCUAGAUCUGCUGGACUGACUUCUUAUCAUAGAAAGAAUCCAUUUAGCAAUAUUUCACCUAAGUCUCCUGUUGCGCCAUGUUCUGACCCUAGAUUGUCAGUUUAUGACAGACAUGAACCAUCACCAUUUUCAGUCUUAAGCUCAUCAUCAGAAGAUCGUUUGGAAUCAUAUCACCAUUCAAUCCAAAUUACUGAAGACAGACAGUCUCAUUUGUCUGAUGAAAGAUUGGUUAGACACUACGAUUCUGAAAGACUAACUAACAGAUAUGAACCUUUGCUGCCAAAGCAGCUAUCUGAAGAGAGAUUAGCUAGUCAUUAUGAUUCUGGACCUUAUCUUACAAAUGAAGACAGGUUAAUAAACAGAUACAAUGUUGGGUCUGUUCACUCUCCUGAUGAAAGGUUGACCAUUCGUUAUGAAACAGGACAACAGCAUCUAGGCAAUGAAAGAUUUGAUCUUAAAAAAGCUUUAUCUUCUAGAUUUGCAAGAUCAGGCUUUGAGCCAUUUUCUAAAUGUAAUUUGCCUUCUCAGCUGACAGCUCAACAUCCAGGAGAAGGAGAUUGUGACAGAAGAUUUCCUUCAACUUUUUAUCCAACUUCUCAAUCUCCAAAUCAAAUUCCUUUAGAAGAAAACUUUUUCUCUACAAACCGAAAUCGCUCAUCUGGAUUUCUAGAUGUCAAUAGAUCCAUGAUACCCGAAUCAGUUGACACCAAAUCUAGAACUUUUGAGAACCCUAGAAUUUUAUUUCGAUCUGAUCCAAGAACUCAAAUUUCUACUCUUUAUCCUGUUUAUGGCUCACGGCUUGGUUCAGAAAACACUGCCAUUAAUUUUUCUUUAUCUGAGAGCAAUGACAACAUUAUGGUUCUUCCAGAAAAUCAAAUCAGAAUUUUACAGGAAUCUGGUCAUAGCCUACACUCCAAUCAAGGUGAAUCUGAUAUAAAGUCAUACCGAGCACUUGAUCCAAUUCAUGCUGGUCGAAACCUUUCUCAUUCCAAUUUUCCUAUCCUGACUAUCUCAUCAGUAAGUAAUUCCAGUGACACCCUCUCUUACCUUUCUGUGUCACCAUCUCAUUUUCUACAGAGUUCCUUUAUCUAUCCUCAAAAAUAUCAACCAAAUCAGUUAAUAAUACCUGCUGGUGAAAAAACGUAUGAAAUUUUGGGCUAUCAGAAAUCCAAUAACAAAAGUGAGUUGAGUGAGGAAUAUCAAGACCAGUCACGAUCAUCAACUGAUGCCAAAUAUUUCAAAAGGCGUCUUUCCAAAAAUCAUGAAGAUAAAAUGUUAGAUCCAGUCACUCCCAAUGAAACUGGGGAAAUGGAAAAAAAGAUUUAUGAUCAUGGGUCAUCUAAGUAUGUGAAGAAUAGUCGACCUAUAGAACGACCCAUUCCAAUAGUCCUAUCCUCCACAACAGUCACAAAUAAAAAAAUAUCAGUUCAUGGAGAGGGCACUGUAGAGACAUCUAGCAGUGACCAUGUGCUGUCACCAUUGUCUUCAUCUCAAGAGUGGAGGUCAGCCAACAGUAGACAAAAUAGUGAGGAGCAUACUGACAUGAUAAGUGUAUGGCGACCUUAUUGACAUUUUCAAUUAAAUUCAUAUUUAAACAAAAUGUAACAAACAAAAAUUGGGGAUAGGAAAAUUCUUCACACACAAGAUUCACUGAUAGAAAAAAUAAUGUAAGAAAAACAUGAAAAUAAAAUGAAACAAACUAUUUCUAGUAUUAUCAUUACAUGUACUACAUCUAAAUAAGAGUACCAAUACAUAGUUCUAAAUAGAUAUUUUCUAAUUAUAAUAAUAUUGGAAGUAAGAAUUUAAAGCUUUAAUUCAAUUAUUUGAUCCACAGAAAUAUGUUUUUUUUUUUGUUUGUUUUUUUAUAGACUUUUUAUUAUCUGCCCCUCAUGUACAUUUUACCCCCACCCCUUGAUUUUUCUCUAAUUUGUUUUUUUGAAAAAGUAAUUGUUGUAACCAAGUUUGUUUGUUUUGGUCGUUUUUUGUACACUGUUGAUGUCACCAUGACUUUCACUCAAUGUUCCACACAUGUCUAUCUACAAUACACUGGUCACUUUCUACAUUUCCAGUUGAGUUGACCGUCAUAUAUGUUGCUCCAGUAUUGGUGAAUGACAUUCUGACAUAGUUUGGGAUCCAUCUGACUUUAAAAAACAUUCUUCUGUUCCAAUGAGCUUCUUAUGGAGGUAGAAAUCCCGUGAAAAUAGGAAAUAUCCGAUGCUCCAUGCAACGAAAAGUCCAGACAUGACCAGAGUUUCGCCUUGACAUCCAAAUGUCACAAAACUUGGAACAUUGUGUUCAAUAGAAUAAAGUGGAACUUAGUAUUAAUAUAGUUUGUGCAUAUUUAAUUCAAUGAUAUUUAUCUAUCUGGUGCCAUGAGAAUUAGCCAUAGAAUAAUAGCCAAUAAAAUAAUCCAAAUGUUUUCUAGAGUAUGUACUUUUAUUUGUUUAUAUUUCACUCAAUGAUAUUUAUAAAAUCUAGUGCCAUGUUUUUAAAUAUACAUUUGUUCAACUUUUGGAAAUUCAAUCAAAAUUUGUACUUAUGAAACUACUUGUACUUAUGAAACUAUUUUAGUCAAUUAAAACUGUAAAUGUCA